GCAGGCAGAAAAAUAUGGCUCAGGAGACUAACCAGACCCCAGGGCCCAUGCUGUGUAGUACAGGAUGUGGCUUUUAUGGAAAUCCUAGGACAAAUGGAAUGUGUUCUGUUUGCUACAAAGAACAUCUUCAGAGGCAACAGAAUAGUGGCAGAAUGAGCCCAAUGGGAACAGCCAGUGGUUCCAACAGUCCUACCUCAGAUUCUGCAUCUGUACAGAGAGCAGAGGCUAGCUUAAACAACUCUGAAGGUGCUGCUGGCAGCACAUCUGAAAAAUCAAGAAAUGUUCCUGUGGCUGCCUUGCCUGUAACUCAGCAAUUGACAGAAAUGAGCAUUUCAAGAGAGGACAAAAUAAUUACCCCGAAAACAGAGGUGUCAGAGCCAGUUGUCACUCAGCCCAGUCCAUCAGUUUCUCAGCCCAGUACUUCUCAAAGUGAAGAAAAAGCUCCUGAGUUACCCAAACCAAAGAAGAACAGAUGUUUCAUGUGUAGAAAGAAAGUUGGCCUUACAGGAUUUUACUGCCGAUGUGGGAAUUUGUUUUGUGGACUUCACCGUUACUCUGACAAGCACAACUGUCCAUAUGAUUACAAAGCAGAAGCUGCAGCAAAAAUCAGAAACGAGAAUCCAGUUGUUGUGGCUGAAAAAAUCCAGAGAAUAUAAAUUACUACUUGUGAAGAGACUGAAACUUUGUUUUUAUUUUAAUAUAUCAUAGGAAAAC